GUCCCAACCUAUUCAAACGCGAAAGCGCGCAUAUUUAAUGAACCUACCCCAUAAUCCAGUUCUCAGCAAGGGCAAAAUACGGAAUUUCAAUUUGAACAAGUUUUUGUUAUGUUAAAUUGUUACAUUUCACAACUUGUGGAGGAAACAAGACAACUCUGCCGACGCUCGGUAAGGAAUAGCUCUUGAAUUUUCCAAGCUUAUUUGCGCUUGUUUUACAUGUACCGUUUACAGCAAUAUUGAGUCGUAAUAUUACUUCUUUUAUGCGUUUCAGCCUGCGUUUCCUGAAGAGGAAUCACUACAAUUAGUCAUGGAAGGCUAAAUGGCGACGAAUCGAGAAAUACGUUAACUAAAAGCAGCGGUAUUACAGUUCAAUUUGGAGUUUGUGCCGUUACAAGAGACUGGUAGGGAUUUGUAUGAUUGAUACUGAGAAGGACAAAACGGACGUGUGGAAAGCAGAAUUGGGCAAUGAAAAGAUCGCACAGCUAUUAAAUUCGUGGCAUACUCUGACGCCAACCCGGUGAGUUGUUACACUUGAAUAUCUCACAUAAUGUAUCAAAAUUUUCUGCCUGAAAACAACCUUGAAAUAGAACUUUAAAACAACUGAAACAGAAUGUGAAUCAAUUGAAAAAGAGUCUGAAUCAAAUGCAAUUAAGCUGUCGUGCGCGCAGAUUGGAGAAACGCAGACUCCAUAUAUUAUUGUCACGAAAUUUUCUUUCGAGCUCGUUAUGAUCAGUAUAGCAUUCGUAUCACUUAUAUAUGUUUGGAAAGUGUACUUUGUGUACUGCUCUAAUGCAUCAACUUUCCAAACUGUUUGUCUCUUACAAAGAAAUCGGCAGCAGAAAAUAAACACUUCUAAAUUUAAAAUCCAAAUAGUUAUAAAUACACAUGACAUGUUCAUAUAUUAUUGUUAACAAAUAUAGUUGGUCAAAUAUAAGUGAAAUAUAUUCACUAACAACGUACAGUUAAGAUUAAAAACUCCAGCAUGAUGAAAAUAUUUCAAGACAUGUUGCUUUUCCCUAACUUAUUCUCGGUGGCUGAUGUCAUUUUAAUCACUUUCUAUAUUUUUUAUUAAAUGGUAGUUAAUACUAAAAUUAUCGAUUCUGAUUAGUAAACUAUACUAUUAGUUCCCCAUAUACUUUCUUAUAAGACCCUCUCAUUAUCGUCCACGUUUGGGAAAAAUGAGAGCUCUUCAUGAGAUUCGCCUAUUUUUUGUCUGGGAAAAUGGGUUUUGGACUGCUGGGGAAGGAAUUUCACCAGUAAUUUUGCUGUUGGGAGUGGGAUUUAUUUCAUGUUCAUUGAAUUUCUCCGGCACUCAUUGACAUUGGUGAACGGAUUUCCCAACAGGCUAUAUUGCCCAAUUGAUAGGGGAUCCGAGGUACCUACGAAUUUAACGUCCUUAAUUAUCCGACGCGAAGGACUAACCAUUUACUGAUCUCAAUGUAAAGGUAGCUUUUUCUACUCAAUUAUUCGAACGCUGGUAUUCUAAAAGCUCACUCACAUUCAAUGAGUGGAAGUUCAAUCUGAGCUUCUUUCGAGUGUCAAUGCUGUUUUUGAAUAGCUGGAUGGCUAUGGUGUCAUACCUUACUAUAUGUGACUACUCACCCUCCAGCUAUUCACAAAACAGCAUUGACACUCAAGAGAAGCUCAGAAUGAACCUCCACUCAUUGAGUGUGAGCGAGCUUUUAGAAUACAAGUGUAGUCGUAGAGGUCCAACCAAGGAUCUCCCACUGCUUGAAAGGCAAGCGCGGUCACCACAACACCGGCACAAGAGCUGGUUAACAGAACCCUCUUCAGUUAAUUGCUGUAUUUAACAACUAGGCUUUUACUGUAAUUCUCCUUUUAUGAAACUAGAAACUAGUGGUGAAAAUCACUAAUACAUGAUAAAUUAUAGGGGGUAAAAGUGACUUGCAUGUCACGAGAUAUUAGAGUAAUUUUAAUCUGAAAAUAGAUUUCUGUUUCAAAACCAGUCUCAGCCCUUUUUACAUUGUAAGUAUUGAUUAUUGUUUAGGCUAUGUCCUAAUAUUUGGUUAACGUUUACUUUGAAAGUUUGCGGUCUCCAUAUCACGAGUCAUAAUUACUCAGUUAAUUAGUUUUACAUAAUAUAUAUCGAAUAUCGCUGCAGGAAAGUAAUUUAAUCUCAUAUAGGCUCUGCAGGAAAUUAAAUAAUUUCUGAAGGCAACAUGUGGAUAAGCGUUUUAAUUUAACCAAAAACAUGCCCAUACGUGUUUUUUGGAUAUCAGUUUCUUUAGUAUUUACCAAAAGAACCAUUAAACAAAAGUAACUUUAGUUAAACUAAAUAGCUUGAUGAUAUAUCUUUAUAUAGUUGCGUAUUGUAUGUGAAGGUUAUGAACGCUAUAUAUUAAAGUAGGUCCCCUACUUAUCAAAAUAUUCAGUUCUCAAUUAUUUUACCAUCUUUGAAAGUGGGCCUCAGAUUAUGACCAUAGUUAAUAUUUGUUUAAUGUUUAUUCAUAUCUCAUGUCCAUGAACACUUUUUUUAAAUAAAGCUAUGAUACGAUGUCACUAAUUUUGCUUGAGAUCACGAGAAGUCAGCAAUAUUAGUCACCUGAUUUUACAAAACUGAUGAGUUGAAAGCUGGCAUGCAAAGAGAUGCCGUUGCUGCACUAAGAUUUUCAUCAGUGACAAAACAAUAAUCUUCAAUUCUUUCUUUUCUUACGCAAAUGUAUACGCAAUAUCUAGUGCUCAAAGUACUCGAAUACACCGCCAAUACUCAAACUAGAAGCUUUUUAAGCUCGCGUGGAAGCACUUUGAAUGGCUCUAUCGGUUGGCUUAUAUUGCCCUUAGACAGUACAGUAAUAAACGUAGAGGCUCGCGUCUACACUUGCAAUUUUAUUGCGAUUUUUAGGUUUUGCUCUUCUGACGGAUGUGAGCGAAUAGAUGAGUUAUGGAUGGUCUGAGUAUACAUGAUCACUCAUCUGAACAUUCAGAACUCAUUCACUCGUUCACAUCCAUCAGAAGAAGGAAAUCAAACCUUAAAUUGCAAGUGUAAAUGGAUCUUGAUAUUCUUGUUGUAUAUGGAUGAGAAUUAUAAAUAAUGACAUAACGUAUAAUGCUUUCAUAACCUAGCCUGCGUGCAGUCUCAUGACAUCGUGCAAACGACGUGACGAUGUCAUGUGACACAUAGGCUAUCAUAGAUCUUCGACCUACUUUGCCAAAUGGAGGCUGUCUAUUCAAUUGUUGUUCCCCCAGCAUCCGCGGCAAAGUUUACGUUUGUGUUGCAUCACAUUAUCACGCCGCAAAACAAGAAAUCCUGUUAUGACUAUUAUACUCAUACUCGGAAGUAUACGAAGUGCGUAGGUCGUUUAAAAGGUUACCGUAACCUUUUAAACAACCUACGCCGGCAAACACAAUAAAUAUUCUUAAAAGUUAAAGCCGACAGAUCACAGACAGUCUGCAACCACACAUAUACUCAAGGUGUGUCAGAGUUACUAAGAAAAACAAAUCCACGUUUCAGUGCAGGAAUUAAGAAAUCUUCAUAGGGGAAGACCAACACCAACACAACAAUUCAUAGGGGAAGUUUGAAUGCAUACGUAAUGGUUUAGAAAUAGAAUUGAAACACUGUAUAGGAUUGUACCAUCAACGAUGAUGUUUUAGUUAAUAAGUAACUGUGUGUUUGCUACUCAUCCAACCUCACAAGCCAGCGGAAGUAGAGUGCCUGGAAAGCUGAGCCGAAUUAGGAAGGCGUCAGCUCAACCUGGCACGAGUUGAGGGCGUCUUUGACUGUCACCUUAUGGCAACGGUUUUCAACUGGUUUUCUCAUGUGUCCCCGAUUUCACAUGAUUGAAUUACCACUCCCCUGAACAGAAAUUGCCCACUGAAGUCUAUCAAAAACACGAAUUUCGAAAUAGUUAGUAAAAUAGUAAAUGAUUUAAAUUUUAAAUAAUAGAUAGAAAGUCAAGCAAACAUGUUUAUAGUACAAACUAUUGUAUUCAGCUAUUGUAUCCAACUAUUGUUUUCUCAGUCCUAGACCAGUUUGUGUCCCCUAGGAAUUUGCCAAAUGUCCCCUCUCGGGGACAUGUCCCCCAAGUUGAAAACCCAUGCCUUAUGCCAUGCCUGAUCAAGGAACACAUACAGCUACGGCUGAAGGGUUACUAGGGGAUUUAUUCCACCCAUGCAACAACAGCUGUCCACAUUCGCUGUAGGAGGGUACUGGGAGAAAUCCACAACCUUCGGUAGAGUCCACGAUCUCAAAGGGUGCUCGUAAAUUGGAUUUGAAAUUGCGUUCUCCCAAGAAGCCUCGACUCGCUGAAUAUGCAAUUGGCUCAAUUGUAGAUUUGUUUCAUUCUCUUAUACUGAAUAAAAAUCAGUCUUGAAAAAUUUUACCUUCUCAGACAAAUUGAGAGUAGGGAAAUUUCACUCUUUUGAAUUAAGACAGAAGCUUCUAUGUCAUUGUUGCUUUACGCCUGAGGGCAAAGGAGCCGUCAUCCUUUCUUCUUCUUGGCAUAAAUACGGAAUCGGUAAUCUUUUAAAGUCUAUACAGUAUAGCGCUCUAAAAGCCCAUUGUGCAUUGUGUUGAAUGAGGAAGUCGGGCUGAUGUUGCCGCGAUUCAUUCAAUCUACAUUGUUGAAUGUCGUCCAAUUAUCGUGAUUACCAUGAUAAUUUCUUUAGAAAGUGUAUUGUGGUUAAUGGUUGUGUUUUUUUUUCUCCUAAAGUUGAAGUGCUUCAAAAAUGAGGAAGUACAUGCUGCUCUAUUUUUCUUUAAAGCUAAAUGUCAAAGCAUCACAUACAUACAUGAUUCCUCUUGGAUGAAACAGCCUGUUGUGGAAAUCUUUUGAGGUAAAAUGACUAUUUCUGCUCUAUCUAUAUGAUAUCGAGCACUCUUUGGCAUUUCGUGAUUACAUACAUAUAUACAUAUAUAAUUUAAUAGUUAUCCGAAAUGGUUUUCAUAACUUAUUUGCAAUUGUGAAGAAAUAAACUACAAAAUUCAUACGAUCAAAAAUCGAUCCGAAAGCCUGGAAUUACAGUGUAUUCACCGCCAUAGAAAUAUUCAAAUAACUUAUAUUUCAAAAGAUUCCAUAUUAAUUAUUGUCUAUAUAUAUACAUUAUCAUAAUUUGUUUCUGGGGUGUUUUCUUAAGCGCUUUAAAAGCCUAGUAUGUGCACAUCGGCCAUUAUGUGUUGAAGGGCGUCAGGUAUAUGCAUUUCGCUAUUUUUCCUUCCAGCUAUCGUAUCUUCUUCAUUUGGUGCAAAUAAUUGUUGACACAUUGUUGUGAGAAGAGUAUAUAAUAUAGGUUUAAUUAUAGGUUCUAUUUUGUUGUUUUCUCUUUAAGCCAUAAACUAUAAACUCGAAGGUACAUGAAAAAGAAUUCAUGAAUAAUGAUAACAGUUUCGUGUAAAUCUUAACCAAAUGGGUUUCUCCCAAAAAUAUUGUGCUUAUAUAAUAAUCAUAUUUUGGACAUCUCGCCAAUACGGGUGGGUGGGUGCGGAUCUACCGUGGUCUCGGGGUGCGGAUCUACCGUGGAUCUACGGGUGGGUGGGUGCGGAUCUACCGUGGAUCAAUUCGGAAACCUCUCUAGUAAGACAUCUCUCUAAUACUGACACCUGUCUAAUACGCGCGGAUAUUAGGAUAUACCACUUUAAUACAGACACCUCUCUAACAUUAACCCUCUCUAAUAUUAACCCUCUUUCCGGCUCCCACCCCCUGUUACAUACAUCGUCAUGGUAAUUUGUUUUUAAUUAAGCAUUGGGUUUGGCCGCAAAACAUAUCACGUUUAUAGGUCAUGUGCGGAACUCGCUCUUAAGAGACAAAACAUUAUAGUAAUCUUUCAUUCUGAACUACAAACUUGACAAAAACACUACAGUCACGAGCCAAGUGAAGUGUGAAAAAAAAUUGGAUUAUACAUAGUUGACUUUCUUCGAAAGCCACAUUUAUCGAGGCUUGGCAUACGCCAGUCAGCAUAUACCACGCGUGAAACGUAAUCCGCAGAGCAUUUGGUGAAAUAGGGAAACAAAUACCAGAAUACUAUAUAUACACGAAAUUGUGUUCCUAUCACGAAUCACUUUCUGAUAACUGGCCAAGUUGGCACAUUGAAAAUUCGUGGAAAACUUGAAACGUACAAAAUGGGUAAGAGAACUUAUAUCUACAUGCUUACUUUAAAUUACUUUAACGUAUGAAUAUAUAGGGUAAAAUAUGGAUUUAAAUUAAUCUUUUGUGCUCUCCUGUGAUCCUAUGUAUCCAUACACCCGAUAGCUCAACUUUAUGUUGACGAUAAUUUUGCCAUGAUUGUGAAGUUUAUGAAGAAUAAAAAGUAUUCCAAACAUUUGUUACAUUAUUAUUUAUUUGAGAGUGUUAGACGUUCAUUUUAUUGUGAAUAUAGCCUUAAAUGGUGUCACGUACCAAUUAGUUUAUCAAAAUCUAAAUACUUUAGACACUUGAAUAAAGUUUAAUAUUAUUAUUAUUAUUAUUAUUAUUAUUAUUAUUAUUAUUAUUAUGAAUAUCUGAUAGUAUGUGGUUGAAAACUGUACCAUAUCAGGUCUAGUGUGGGUAGUAUUAUAGAAUAAGUUGCCAUGGUGUGUUUCUUGAACUCUUUCACGGCUCGAUGAAAGGUCCAUCUCGGAGCAACUAUUGUUGAAAGACAAACCAGUAAGCCACUAUAUUGGUUAGUUAACAUGAAGUAUACAGUCUUACAGAGACCGCGUGACGUUAACACAGUGCGUUAGCUUUCCGAACACUCCCGAACACCCCCUGAAUAUUUUCAAUAUUCGUCAUUUAAAGAUUUCACAAUUUACAUCAUUAUGUAAAUUGUGAAAUCUUUAAAUGCAUGACGUCAGAAAAUAAACACACUGACAUUGCAGUUGAACUAAGGAGUCUCUUCUAACGCUAUAAAUGCAGAAAAGCCUAGAAAUUCGAGAUUUUUCAGUUAAGUACAAAUUAAACGCCAAAAAUAAGCUCAUUUUAGACUCACAUCCCUUGUUGCCGAGGAUUGAACAUAAAUCUGCCAUAUAAACGAGAUCAAAGGUCAACGAUGAAUUUGCUUAAUUAAAUUGAAGUGUAAACUUUGGUUUUAACUUCUAACCAGUGUAUUAAACAAGCAUAGCUCAUAGGCGAGAAAAUAACGCUUGACUUCCCGUCUCCCCCCUGAAGCUAACAAAGACAAAACAGAAACAUUUUCUUAAAAGUUCGUUUUGUUUUGUCCCAAUUUACCGUAUAUGUUAAGCCUUUGUUAACCUGUAUAUAUGGUUCACUAUUUCACGGAUUCGAGUAUAAGGCCUGAAAUGCGGUUAUAAACCGUGGCUAUAUAUAACUUAUAAGGUAUGCCAAAAACCGUGGCAUACUUUAUUGCCACAUUAUAGGCCCAUGAAACUACAGCACCCUAUAGCUUAUACCCGAAACGCGGCUCUCUAUAUAACAUCACGAAAACGUCAACAAUCUGGGCUUUGGAAAGACAUGCAAAAAGAGUUUUGAAAUGUCUGAUUUUUGUUUCACUUUAGCUUAUGCUUAGAGGUCUGGGAUUGGAUGUCGAUAUUGUAUAGCAAAACUUUCAAUAAAAUCUGUAAUCAGUACUAUAGUAAAUCUGGACUUCGCCAUCUUACACCAAACAUUAGGUCAAAUGAAAACGACUAUCUUCUACGGAACAAUGAAUGUCACACAUUACCAAAAUGUAGAAGCGAAUGUUUUAAACGUAGUUUUAUUCCUUCCUAUAUAUAAGUAUAUGUACAUAUUGAAUUGUAUAUAUUUGUAUAUCACUUUUUAUAUUGACCUAAUUUUGUAAUAUAGUUCAUAGUCAUAGACCUAUAUGUAUAAUGUAAAAAUAUCACAAUUUUAAUAAAACACCAAUAAUAAAAGUUAUACGUCGUGCGCUCUAAAGCGAAGCCGCCCAUGCAAGCACGCUUUAGUAUUCUUAUGGAGUUAUGCAUUCCUGCAUGCAUUUGUGAAUUGUGGGCUUCUAUAUACAAGCAUAUAAUUUUGGCGAAAAAUGUCUUCCUAUAGUCAUGUAAUAGUCAUGUACAAGUAUAUACGACUCAGCAUUAAUCUGACUAAACAAUAUCAAGGGAGUUUACAUUCCACUUUAUGAGCAUCACGUGUAUAUGAGCAUCACGUAGGAUCACGAGCAUCACGUAGGCCUAUGUCAAAAAUUAGUUAGCCAAAACUAUGCCAAGACUCAACAUUAUAGUAUAAGUAAACAAUAAUAUACAGGUUGUUUACAUUCCUUUCGUGGGCAACAGCAUACAUGCAGGUCAUUCAUAGAAUUUUAAAAAUUCCCUUAGUCAACCUCAACAAGUGACCAUCACUCAUCAGGGCUAAUUACUACGACCACGUCCGACAAUUUUCCGAAGAUGACGUGUGUCGGGGGAAAAUAGCAAAAAUAACUCACCAUCACCAAAAACGUUAUCAUAUAUUAAAAUAAAAAUUUGAAUAUAGAUAUACAGUUUUCACAAAAUUUCAACUACAUUUCAACUUUAAAUAUGUUAGAACUAUCUAAGUUUAUUAAUAAAAAUCUCUCUGGCGUCAGAAAUUGGCCAGCCGCCUUCAAGAUAAAGAAGAUAAACAUUAUACCUAUCAUUAGAUGUGGAGAAAAUAUUUGAAAAACUUUAAUUACUAUUUGAAUGCACUCAAAUGUAUUUCUAUAAGCUAUUUUUAAACUUUUUCAACCAUAAUUUCCACAGCCGAUAACAGUCAUUGUCAGGCUUCAGUUUUUUUCGGCAUUAUUGACCAGGUUUUUUGUAUAGACAUGAAGGAAUUUUUAUGUUUCCUGAGUUUUAGAUGGUCACUCAAUGUUAUUCUCUCGUUCAUUCAAACGCUUCUGCAAACGCAGGGCCUAGUGUAGGUGUACUCUACAAGAAGUUACCGUAAUAAGUUUAAAAGAUUUUAGUGUUUUGAGUUCUCUUGGUCAGAAAUGGCGUAAAAGAAAUGAAAUAAUUUUUCGCCUCUUUUUGAAUGUAUGCCAGCGCUACCAAAUUCCGUUUCCCCCAAAUUAUUUUUAAUUAUGCCGAACAGACAAACAUUGAGCAUUGUCCUUGCCAUUGAAUAAAUCAUUAAUACUUAAGCCCUAUCGGUAUGUCUACCUCGAAACACAAUCGUUUUCAGGUAGUUCAGACACAAACCACAACAGCUUAUUGUAGAAUACCGGCUACCUACACUGGACCACCAUCUUUGAGAUAUCUUUUCAGGUAGUUCAGAAACAAACCACGCCAACUUAUUGUAGAAUACUACCUACAUUGAACCACCAUGUUUGCGAAUUGAGAUAUCUUUUCAGGUAGUUCAGACAUAAACCACGGCAACUUAUUAUAGAAUACUACCUAUAUACACUGGACCCGACCACCUUUGAGAUAUUUCAAAGAUAUACCUUGAAACAUUAUUAGCAUUUACAGCUCUUUUACAAAGCCUAUAAUAGCCACAUAAUUACAGCACUUGCAAUGGGCUAACUGUAAGAAUCCACUUAAACUUUGUCUUUGAGAAAGUCUUCUAAUUUCUAGAACGAGCCAGGGUUGUCGCGUAAUUCAGUAGUCACUGGAUCGCCAUGUUUUAGAUAAUCUCUUUCAACGACGCUGAUAUUUAUCCGUAAUUUAAAGGUCUUUUACAAAGCCUAUAAAGCCAACUUAGCACUCAGGACGAGUUAUAAGAAGACAGUUAAUCAAUGAAUGAAGAAUACUACCUACACUGGAUCGCCUGGAAGUUCGAGAUUUAUUUAUUUUUACCAUCCUGAGAGUAAGGUUUCCGCUAUAAAAUGCUUACUUUAACUUAAAGGUCUUUCACAAAUCCCAAAAGCUCACGCCUGCACGCUAUAGCACUUGGCUGUAAGAAUUCACUAUGAAUAUUCAACGAAUCUUCCGGCAACAUAGCCUGUAAUUAUUCCGCCCGCAACUUACGUAAAAAUACCAUCAUUAAAAAGUGGGCAUUUCCUUCCGCUUCUGAGGUCAAUGUCAAAUGCUUGAUGUCAGUAUAAUAUCGUGAACAUCUCAACAAUGCGUGAGUAUACAAAGAUGUAAGGCAACUAAGAUACAAACUGAAGAAGAACGAACUUAUUUGUGGAGUUUAAUGGUAUAAACAGUGUGAAAUUUUGGUAUACUGAAUUUCUGAAAUAAUUUUAAAUGGCAAAGGAAGCGGGUAUGUAGGUUAUUAAUAAGUUAAUAUCUGAUAAUGUAGAAUAUUUAGACCAAUGUAUAUGGACACUGGAUUCCUACGAAUCAGAAUCGCGAUAAUUCGCUUGGGUUUAUCUUCGUUCACUCUUCACUGUUUUUAUUAAACUUAUUGCAUGGACCAUGGUACAAAAUUUCUAUUCUAGACUUAUUAAUAAGUAAUCUCGAACAGCCGAUGGCAGUGUUGGUAGAGAGACAAUAUAAAGACAACUGUGCUUGUGGAUUGAGAAAGAUAUAUACAACCACCUCAACUACCUGAAAUAUAUAACCAAAGCUUCGACGUUCGAGCGAAGGCCCUUCUUCGUCGUUAAAGCCUCGCUCGAAACGUACAUCAGUUCUGCUUAUAUUUUUCAAUUUGUUGUAUAUCCUUCAAAAACCACAGCUUUAUUAUAACUCCUAGACCUAGUUAAUAAGUUAAUAUCUAAUAGAAGAGGCUUUAACUACCAAUGUAUAUGAACUCGAAAUUCCUCAGUCUGACCAAAGCGAAUUACGAUAAUUUGACAUUUGCUAGGACUGUUCAGCUAGAGCUUUUGAGAAAUGGUUAUACUUCAUAUAAAUUUAAAGUUAUUCCGAAUAUAGUGUGCAUUAUAUACCGACAAUUUUUAUUUAACCCGCGUAUAUUUUGAAUGUAUAUUGGAUUAACCUUUAGGCUUUUGCAGUAAACUUUAUGCAGUUCAUUUUGAUUUUAAAUAUUUGCUGAGUAAAUGAGGAUUAUAUAUUUCAUUAUUUGAUAAAAAGAAUGGGAACUCCCACAUACUGUGACGCGGGUAGAUGUCAAUGUUUUAAUGUUUUGCUUGAAUACAAAGCAGAUCGGAGGCGUGCGUAUAGAAAUAUGGCUACAAUUCACAAUCAACACAAUGUCAUAUACAAUAUCAUUUAUAUUGAAUUCAAUUACAAGAAAUGUUGGUUACUUUAGAUUUGAUUAAAUUAUCUAUACCAAAAGUCAAAUAUAAGAAACUGUGGUUUCAUUUUCACACGCUUUAUGGUAGCUAGCUAGACUGCAUGGUUCUGAUCAAAUAUAGACUAUCGUGAGUCAUCAUAAGACAUAUAAAAAGAGAGCAGUAUCAUUAUGAUACGUUUAAUAUUUAAGCGGACGAAAUAUAUUCUAGCGACUUAUAAGUCUUAAGCUUAAGCCUUAACUUAAACUGUUUUUGAACUGGUAUGAUGUUUAGCUCUAUAUACUGAUUUCAAUAAAUCGUCAGGGCGGCUACAGUAUUUUGGUAUAUAGUUCACAAAAAAUACCAUAUUUUCGUGUACUUGAACUUGUAAUACGUAUUUCGGUACAGUAUCAAUACCGUAUUUCAGUAUAGGCCUGAUGUUAGAGUGUUUCAAUUUUAUUUCACAACCUGCAUCAUUACACAGCCAGGCAUAUCCGUAUUUCGGCAAACUUGAAAGAAAAUACCAUGCAUACUUGGUUGAACUUGAACUGUAUUUCGGUACAUCAUACACCUUACAUUGGCAUCACCAUAUAGAAUAUAUACAUUAGGGUUAGAGCUGGACAACUUGGCCUCUGUAGCUCAGUUGGUUAGAGCGCUGCACCAGAAUCGCAGGGUCACAGACCGAUUCCUUGGCCAGAGGACCUAUAGUUGAAUUUUUCACAACUGCCCUGGUUAGGUCUAAUAAAUAUAUAAAAUUCACACUCGGAAUUUAUACCUACAAGUCCCUUCAAUUCGUACGGUGUUUAAAAUGAAAUAUGAAAUGCAGGAGUUCGUGCAAAGUUGCACAACUUAAAAAUAUGCGAGAAACCCCUUACUAACCUUCGCAAUUAAGAUACUUAAGAUUACAGAAUCAAACUGAAACAGAUUCUGUGAUGCAAUUAGUUUUUCUCUAAUAUAAGAACUUCAACGUUUCCAGAUAAGGCGAUUUCGUAACUUCCAGACACGUGCCUUUGUUCAUUACGUCCUUGUUAUCUUUUUCACGUUGAGUUUAAUACUGUUUAUAAUUCCUCAAAUGUAUUGUUCAUCGCAAGAUUUUGGCAAUCAUUCGCAAUAGCUUCAGACAUUUUGCAUACCGAUGUAAUUGCCCAUUCAGUCUACAAACGAGAAGGCUUUGCUCACGACAAGAUUAGACAAGUUUCCUAGCCAAUUAAUAAAAGGGUCUUGUUUAAUGAAACUCGAAUAUUUUUGCCACCAAUUGAACAAGGAAAUGUACUCCGUUGUUUUAAACGGUUGUCAAGGAAGACUUGUUGCUAGGGACUGUUCAUUAUUUAUACCCUCGGUUGGUACCGAAGAGAAGCGAAAAACAGUGUAAAUGUUUUAUUUACCCAACCUCAAUAUUGGUCAAAAUAAUGUUUACCCAACCCAAUAUGUGUUAUUGUACUUCAUAAUAAUUAAACACACACGCCUGAUUAUGGUGACAGAAAUCAAGUUGCCUAUAUUAGACAAUUUAAAAUUUAAAAUUCUAAAAGCACACUCAAACUCACUGAGUGUGCCAAAGCAAUCCCGUUCCUGCUGAUCAAUGAUAGAGUCCUUCCUCGAUCACUGACGGUCUAUUUUGGUACAGAAUGUAUUGUACACAUUUUUCUUCAUAUUUUCCAAUGCAUGGUAAUUUUGGUUUUAUUUUAUAGCUGACAGACAGCCAUAAUUUUUUCUACCCAACCCAUGAGCUAGUCAAAAACUUGAUUACCCAACCCAUAUCUCUUCGGUACCAAACCCCGGGUAUAAAUAAUGAACGGUCCCUUAAACACAAGAGCGAGUCAGAAUUCACCAAGGAAUUAAAUAUAUAAAACUUGGCAAUGACUUGGAUGAGGGUUACAUAUAUACUCAGAAUACUCUUAACGCAUCUGACUCGUUCACAUCCACCAGAAGAAGGAUAUCGCAGUAAAAUUUGCAAGAGUGCAUGUAAACGGGCUUUAAGAUUUUUGAUUGAGUUUCACGGAAGCCACUUAAUAAAAAAAAUAUAUAUAUAUUUGUCGACAUCUCGAGGCGAAACGGCCCUUCGUUACUACCUCUCCAGGGGAAGACCGUUUCUUCGAAACAUCCAGAUGUAUAUUUUUUCCUGUUCAGAUAUACUGGCUGUUGUAAAACCUUGCAAUUAUAGUCUUAAACACGAGGUCUUACAUACGUAACUAAAUAUAUAAUUGUGAGAGUGGGCAGGACUGUUAUCGUCUUAAAAUGUAGGAAGUGAAUGAACAAUAUGAACGACUAAAAAUCGCCCUCCUUUAAAAUUAAAGUCUCGCUUAAGUCUGAUCCGAAAGAUUACUAUAUUUAUCAGUGUCAAAAUUACUUUUCAAUCUAAAAAGUCAAUCGGUCAACAGAAAAAUUCAAGUAAUUGUUCAACGAAUUGUCCAAUUCUUUAAACUAUAAACGAAUAUAGCGUUCAGUUAGCUCGUUCCAACAUUUCGCCAAUAUACUGUCUAUGAAACAAGUCCAAUGUCGGUGGAAACAUUCAAAAUUUAACUCCAAAAUAGUUUAGCAAGGCCCGGGCCACUAAACAUGGCAAAAAAAACUAUCACCGAUGUUUACACAGAGCCUAUUAUACGCGUUACAUGUUACGGAACUGGCGAAACCUUCCAGGUAUAUAAUAUGAAACCAAUAUCAAGCAAUUAUUUUCUCACGCUAUAUAAGGGGUUCUUGUUUUCUUCCGUGAGGGGCAAUGAUUACUUCUUUACCAUAAAUGCAGUAUUUUUCACACACAGGACAUUUCACAUAGUCAUUGGAACGCAUUGCAUUGUCAUUGAAUACUAUAUGUUAAGUAUCUGUGACAUUUCUACUAAAUAUGCACAGAUUGGACUACGAGAAUACAUGCCUAAAUAACUAACGAAGUUUGAAUUCCUGUGGAUUAUUAAAACCACAAUAGGAAUAGGUCGACAAUAUUCCAGACAGUUUGUUAGAGACACUAACAAACAUUGACCAGCUACUUGGAAACAAUAUUAGGUGUACGACAUUUUGGGAGAAAAAUACAGCCAUAGGCAUAGACGAGGAUCAUAUAAUCGAUCGUUUAAUCGGCACUAUAAACCAGUUGUUCUGUAAUCGAGUGUGGAAAAUCCUACUGCAGGAAGAUUAACGGAAUAGCCAUGAUAUGCAAUCAGUUCUAUAAUCUAUCGAUAGUGUCUCAUGUAUAAGAUACAUAUCUGAUGUUAUAACAUUCAAGAGUGAUCGUGUGAAGACUUGAGGUAACUUAUUAGGUAAUUUAGAUAAGUAUUCUUAAAGAUGACAUUUUAACAGUUAGGGGGGAAUAACACGAAUGGUAUUAGCAAAGUUGUAAGUGAUGUAUAACUUUUGCCUCUGUGAACAUGCAUGGAUCGAUUCCUGUGUUAUCGCCAUGCAAACAUACAAAGAACUUAAUACGCAGUUGUUUGCAUGAUCAUAAUUUUAUCUCAAUAUGUGAGAAGAGUGCUUUCAGCUGCUUGAUUCUAUCCAACACCACAUGAGGAAACAGCAGUACCCGGAGACCACCUAGCUGCAUAGUGUUUGUUAGAGUCAAACUGGAAGCAUUCUUCUCACAUGUGACUGAGGUGAAAUUUAUAAUCACACAACUGUAUCAUCAUCGAAUGCCUGUUCACAGAGUUGAAACUUGAAAGACACAUAUACACUCACUGCUACGCCACUACGCUCACCAAAAACCUCAACAGAACCGUUGUAGUAUAACUCUCAAACUUACGACUUGCAAUGUAAUUAAAAUUUCAAUUAAAUAUAACGUAAUAAUUAAACUGUUAAUUAAACAAAUUUUUCCUGCUGUACUCCUUUAGUUUAAUUGUAAUACCAACUUCAAUUUAAAGACAUAUUUUGAAGAAACCCUGGAUGGCCAUACGGUCAUUAACCUAUACCCACGCUAACCCUUGAUUUGAAAAUAAUGCUCAAGUACAAAUGCGUAAUUUGAAGAAUUAGGACCGCCUAAAUCCUGUGAAACAGGAAAACAACGGAUAAACACGGCAAUCCCCAAAACUUAAUGUGCACAUUAAGGCCGCAAAAAUUUUACCGAAACUUUUUAUGGAAUAGCUGGGCUAAAAUUAAAACCAAGUAAAUUAGAAACUUAUUUAAAGAGACUAUAUAAUGAUCAUUAUUUUGUAGUUAUUGGUAUAAGGAUGAAAGGAAAUAGACUAAAAAUCAAAGUUACUUUGUGGACAAGUACCGGAACACUUUGGAUGCUUGAUCUCUAUAAGUUAACUUUUAUGCAAGGGAAGCAGUAUGCUGGGUUAAUUUUCUCACAGAUAUACGUCUCAUAUAUAUUUAAACGCGCAUCAAAAAGGCUUUUCAGUAUGUCACGAGAGGUCAGAGAGAUUCUUAAAUCCUUAAAGACCUUUUAAGAAACUGGAAAGCCAAUAUGGGUAUAUCUUUUUACGUUAUGCAUUUUUUAUCUUUAAAAGAGCUAAACACUUGUAUACUGAACUGACUAGUGUACAAGAAGCUAAAUUAUAAACUGCGAAUUCGGCUUUGUCUCUCGUUGGAGGUACAGUAGUUAGUUUACACGCUCUCAUUAGAGAGCAUUUUAGAAUUGAUAGGGCUAUGCGGUAUAUAUUAUAGUUUAGUUUCGAUGUACUAAAACUGAAUCAAACGAUCCUUACUCGACCUCUAGGGAGAACAGUUUAGAAAUUAUGUCCAGCAGAAAGUUUAUCGAGUCAGUUAAUUACAUGGCAUUCUAACUAACGACAUAUUUCUUUUUUCAGUUGCGAAGACAAAACGAAAUAAAAUGGCUCAACAAAAGACAACACGUAAAUCUGGUGAGACCAAUCUUCAUAGCAAUAUCACGCAGUCACAAUCAUUGCUGAAUGUCAACGAACUCGAGACUCGCGCCAAGGCUACGGUCAAAGAUAUCAAUGAACUGUACACCGCGUUACAGGGACUGGUACCUACAAAGAGCCCUCACAACAGACGGCACGAAAUGGAUAAGAGCAAAGUUCGCUCGGUUACUAGUGGGACUGAUACGGACACGGCCAGAUCUUCGGAGGAAUGGGACCAACCUAGACUUCGAAGGCAUCAUAGUGAGAACUAUGCAAAUAAACAAUUGAGAGACACCAAUAUGAACUUCAUCGCGGCACCAAGAAAACCUGUUUGGGAAAAACCUGUACUAGAAAAACCGGUUUUGGAAAAGACUUUAUCGGAUGAACGGCUAUUCGUCUCCGACACCGAAGUGGAGCUGAACAACACUGGCACAAAUGAACACAAAACGAUACAAAGGCAUUUUUCUUUGCCCGCUUACGAAGAAGAAGAAGAUUCUCUGAAGACUUCGAACGAAACAGAUGGCAGUACCAAACGGUCAAAAUUUUCGCUCUUCCGUCGACACCGACGGUCGAAACCUGGAAAGAAAAAAAACUCUAGUUGGAGAUCGUUUUUCUCAACGCUCAGCCUUAAGCGGAGAAAAUCGAAGAAACAUGGUAAAAAUAAAGUAGGACAUGGUAUUACUACGAAGGCGGGACAGAAUGAUGGCAUGAAAACACCGAAACAUGUAGCAAAGAAUGUAAGCGUGCCCAUAGAGGAUCGCAGCCCAAAAUCCACUCCGCGGCCUUCGAUUGAUGUAGUCGAGAAUAUCGGUAGUAACUCCGACAUUCGGAAAUCGGGAAGAAAAAGGAUGGCUCCAGAACCUCCUGUGGGGACAUCAAGUGGUAACACCGGCUUCCAACUGGAAGCAGCAAGUAUCGAACCCCGUGAGCGCUGCGAUACGUUCGGAACAAAGUCUGUUAUGGUGCAAAAGAAGUUCACUGCAUGGUACAAGCAAGCGGUCAAGGAGACUAAUAGUUCCACACUGAAGGAACCACUGCGCGCGACACGUUCCCACGAGAACCUGCUGACCGAUACUGAAAUUCUCCGUAAACGUGGCACUUUUAGUUCUGAUACGGACAGUUUUAGUGGCGGCGAUAGAAACAGGGUGCAGAAUGUACCUAGAACCAAAGUGCGAAAAACACGUGCUAGAAGAAAUCGAAGGAGAGAGCGAGCAAGGUUUCAUUCGUGUCCGAAUGUGAAGCUCGUAACUAAAGCUCUCGAUGAGGCUGAAAAGAAGGCUAAUAGCCCUCAAGUUCCGGCAGAUUUGAACGCUACUACUACAAAGGGUGACUGUACUGAUAAUGUCUCACAAACUAACCAUACAUGUAUUACAACUGUCAAACCAGUCGAAGCUAAGCUGUCGUUUGGCAGCAGUUUGGACAACAAUGAACACGUCACAGAUUUGAAAUUACAAAAUGGUCAUGCGCGAAAUUGGAUGACACGACAAUGCUCUAAAACAACCAUAGGGUGUAUACGACCAUUACAACUGAACUUGUUCUAUUCCGAGUCGCCGUCGCGCGAGACUGUGCACAGGUCACGAAAUACGAUCCACAGACCGGCGAGAGUGGAAGGGCAAGAGUCGGGCGCUGGUAACCCGCAAGAAUUUGCUUUCAAGAUCCGUCGAUCUUGGAGGAGUCGUCGAAAGCGACGUAGCUUCAAACGCGGGCAGACUAGGCUUCCUCAUCAAUCACCGUUCUAUGUCCCUCCUGUUACCCUCAACGUGAUCCAAAAAGACCAACCCGAAGAGGACUGCUCUACUAUGUCCAAAGAUUCAGGUCUCGGUUCUCCCGUUGCAACCCACGACAAACGAUUCGGUACGUUUCCAGUUAUGAAACGGGAUCAACGAUUGGCCAAACUACACUCCGAGUCGGAAGACUCCGGAUGGGCUUCGAGUCACCGACAUUUCGCGAGCACCUCCGACACUGGCAUACAGACAGACCCGGUCAUUGUCAUGACCGCUGUCUCCAAAGUUCGCCGACCUGUAUUACCUCACGUGAUUACUGAAGACAAUAGCCAAUCAGAGGCUUGAAGAUUCGGGAUUACUUCGUGUAGGUUAGAAUAUAGAGGACUUAUAAUAGUGGACUUAUAAUCUACAAUGCGAAAGCCACUUUAAUGACUUACUAAUAAGCUAAGAGUCAGGCAAUUGAUAGUACUAAGUGUCAGCCUAAUAUUAGCUUAAAUAUUAGCUAAUAUUAAACAUAAGUUAAAUAUAAGUUAAAUAUGACUAAAUAUAAACUUCGCAGUUAAAUAUAAGCAGACACAAUAUAGGAAGGCAAAUUGAGAAACUGCCCAACGCUUGUACCAUACAGUUCCCACUUAACAACUUGGGAUAAUUCACAUGCCUAGUCACUAUUCUUCCAAUAUAACAAAGCAUUUAGAACAGAUCAAAGUGAACAUGAUUAGAAUCAAUGCGGAGAAUUCUAAUACCUAGUUUAUAGUAACUAAGGCAGGUGGUUUAUCCAAAGUUGGAAAUAGGACAAAUUUGACUUAAUAGCAGUGGCGGAAUAUUGGGGGCGGUGGGGUGAAUAAGGCAGCCAACAUACGACCAACUUUUGUAGCUAAAAAUCUUCAGUUCUUAAAAUUUUUUGUCUUAAAUUUCAUGUAAUAUUUAGCUUAAUUUAUAUCCACCAAUGUUUUCAUGAUUGAAAAAUUGUUACAGCACGUAGUUAUUCAGUUAUCGUUCAAAGGCUUUAAGAAAUUAUUGGGAAGGCGGUUACCCUCUGCCCCCCAGUGUCCGUCACUGCUUAAUAAACUGUCAUCUGCAAGAAUCUCUUUUGUAUGCUAACGUGUGCAUAGCAAGUCUAUAACCACUGUGUAUAUGCCAGUCUAACGUAUCCAUAACGAAAGCACCGAACACAAACGCAAUAUGUCACGUUUUAACAUGCUAUUAGAUUCUUGUAGUCAAUGUGGACAAAUGCAAAGACAUAAAAAGUAAUGGUAAAUAAAUGUCAGUACCAGCACGCAUAUAUGUAUAUAUAACAUUACUAUUUAAUCAAAUACACCACAAAACUGUAUUUCUUCUCAGCAUGUCCGUAUUUAACUGAUAUUAUAUAAUAUUAACACAGCAAAUGUAUAUCAUAUAUAUCGUAAAUAUAUACCAAAUAUUUAAUGUACAC